UGGGGGGGGGUCAGCUGGGAGGGAGGGUCGGCGGCGUUGGCUGCGGGUGCCUUUUAAAAAAUAUUUAAGUGGCCUCCGCUCCACCCCCGGCCUCCGUCUCUUUUGGCCGAGGCAGCGGCUCUGCCGCUGCCUCGCUCAGUUUACCCCGGCGCCGGUUUUCCGGCUUCUUCGGGGCGGCCGCUUCUGGCCGCCCAAGAUGGCUGCCGGGUACCGGCGAGCGUGUCUCCCUUGCCCUGUUCUGGGCCUGCGCUUCGCGCAGGCGCAGAACAGGGCAGGGAGGCACGGACACCAAGAGUUUUAUUAGAGAGGAUAGCAGGGUUUGGUACUUCAUCUGAGAUUUAGUUUUUCUUUGUAGAGAGAUUUAAGGCAGACUGUUGUGUAUAGAUAGCAGGAGCAUCAAUUUUGUUAUUGCUAUUGAUUUUUUACUUUUGCAGUUAUAUAUUUUUAAGAGUAGGGGAAGGAGGAGAGAUGUUGGUUGAAGGAAUUCAGGUUGAUAAAUAUAGAUUGUAAUGAAAAUCAUUGUAUUUGCUUUGCUUGAUUAUUUGAUGCUGACCUUUGGUCGCAAAUAAAGAACCUUGUACCUUUGCUUGAUUAUUUUAUUUUAUUUUAUUUUAUUUUUUCCUUUCUGUUUUCUUAUGUCUUUUGUUUGUAUUUCUGAUAAAACAAUAAAAAAUAUAUAUUUUAAAAAACAAACACUAAAGUCACCCAGGAUUUAAAACAGAAGCCAAAUUAAAAUACUUGCACACCUUUACACAUCCACAAAGAAACCUGAAUCAGAUAGCCUGGCCCUCGUCUUUGUUAUCCCCUGAAGUGGCUCCCCAAAAUGGGCAACCGCCUUUGGUGUCGCCCCUUCAGUGGUGAUCCCCCACUGCCACAGGCAGCAUACCUAUAAAAGGCUCAGAGCUGGGCAGAUGGUACCAGGAACUGCUGAGUCACUCACCCCAGCCCCAGUCUUGCACACACUCCCCACAGAUGUUCCACAGAGGCAGCAGGCCACAGUCCAACAGGGGAAGCAAGGAUCAGGCAGGUAACAGCAGAAGGACACACACGGCCUCUCAUCCUGGGCAGCACUGAAUGGGAAGCAAAUGAGCUCUUCCUCUCCUCUGCUGGGCUUCUAGCAAAUGGAGGCACAGGCAGCAUUCCUAUCAAAGGCCCAGAGCUGGGCAGAUGGUACCAGGAACUGCUGAGUCACUCACCCCAGCCCCAGUCCUGCACACUCUCCUCUGCUGGGCUUCAGUUACCCACAAGGGGCAUACAUUUUUGUCACUUGGCUGCUGCUAAAACUUUUAGAGCCCAACAAAGUCUGUGACAGCCAGAGCCAAUGCUCUGUCAGGUGGAGUGUGUGUGUUUUGUCUUUGUACAGUACAGUACAAGCUUUAUUUCGAUCAAUGACCAGAACAAACACAAGCAAAAAGGAAAAAGAGAAUAAAACAUCAUAAAAUAGUAGUACGCAACUUACAUGCAACGUAACAAAACUUGGCCACAGAGUUAGUACUCAUACUAUCAAAUUUAGUCAGUAAUAAAUCAAGAUAAAAGUCAUCUGAGCGGCCAGGAAAAAACUUCAUCAAGGGUGAGAUAAAAUCUAAACGGGCAUCCCUGUAGAGGUCACAAUAAAGAAUAAAAUAUGCAGUCGACUCAAUAGCACCUGAGCCACAAGGGCAGAGGCGCAAAACAUAAGGAAUCCCCUUGAACCUUCCCUUAAGCACAGAUGUUGGAAGAACAUUAAGACGUGCAAGGGUCAAGGCACGCCUAAAUUUAGGAAAAGUUAUGUUACUUAGGUAAUCAGCAGGCUUAAGAUUGUAGAGCUGGUUACCUAUAUACAAACCUCUAGAUAUUUUGGAGGCUUCAACCUGUAGGUCAGUAUCAAUUAUUCGCUGUUUAAUAACCUUCGUAGCUGUAAUAGAUCCCAUCCUAACAAGUUCUUCAAGUGGGAUCCCAUAAAGUUGAGAUUUUAUUUUAAGCGACCGUUUCCAUCUCGAAUCAAAGGAGUCGGUCAUAAUAAGAGGGACUAAUCCCACUUGUGAGAACUUCAGUUUUAACCAGAAUAGGAAAAUACAUUUCCAAUAAACCGAUUCCAAAGUAUAAAGGCCUGCCUCCCGUCUAAUAGCGGCAUUUGAGACACUAUUUGGGACCUGGAAGAUGGAUCUAAGAAAUUUUGUCUGUAUGGCCUCCAGAGGUGAAAAAUUACAGAAAGGGCCCAAUUGUGCACCAUAUGUAAGCUGUGGGUGUACUUUAGCUGCAAAGAGUUUAAUAGCAGCAGGUAUAUAUGCAGCGCCCUUCGUGAAAUAAAAAGAUCUAAUUAAGUUGGCCGAAAGCUGGGCUUUCUGUAUGGUAUAGUUCAGGUGGGCCUGACGGCCUCCCGAAGCAUGGAAGACUAUGCCAAGGUAUUUAAAUAUUUUAACUUGUUCAAUUAAUUGGCCAUUUAUUUUCCAUAAAUGGGGCUUGGGGCGUUUGGCAAAUACCAGUACUUUAGUUUUCUGGUAGUUUACCUCAAUGGCCUCCUCUGCACAAAAAGAGCUAAGUGAUGCAAGUGCCCGCCUUAGGCCAACUGGAGUCAGUGACAGGAGAACCAUGUCAUCGGCAUACAGCAGAAUUGAUAUAAGUCUUUGUCUUGCGUUCACUUCUAAGUGAGCUUUAACAAAGGGGGAUUCACAUAUCCAUAGUUUUUGCAUGCUGAUAGCAUUUGCCACAUGACAACCUGGUUAUGUAUUGUUCUGGACAAUGCCUGGUGUUACAUUUGUAGCCACAGGAGAUUCCUGGAGAGAGUCCUAUGGCUGCAUGUGCAUGAAAGCAUCCAUUGCAUCCAUUCAUCUUGCAUAUAGUUAUCCUGUGCAUGAAUAGCCAUCAACUAUAAAAAGACAAAUGCUAUUGGAAUCUUAACCAAGUCUUAAAAGAUGUUGUGUCCUGAAAAUGAAUGAAAUUGAUGUGUUCCAGGCAGCAAAAUCCUGGAUCCUAUUUUUUCUGCUAGGGCUCAGCUCCCAACAUUGAAUGAAAACACCUGUUUGUUGGGUCAUGUGCAGAGUGCUUUCCCUCAGCACUGGGUAAACAGCAUACAUCUGGGAUUAAAUUGGAAGGACAUUUAGGUUAAUAAACCCAGCACUGCUACUUCAAGCAAUUAAACACUGUGUGAAACACUUCCUUGUUAACCAGCCAGCCAGCCAGCCAGCCACUGGAUUUGCUCCAGCAUUUAACUGCAAGUUUGCAAAAAUGUUAAAUCAGACCUCAGUGAUAGCUUUUAAAUUGCAGAAUAUUCUUAGUGCAUUAAGGAGCCUGAAAGGCUUACCGAGAGCCUUUCCUAUAUUUCUUAAACAACACUUAGUUGACAUCUUUUGAGAAAAACUGGAGUUUAAUUCUACCAUACAAUAUGUAAGCAAUUUAAUAGUUGUCAUCUAAAGCAAAUCUUUUUUUUUUUAAGGUACACAUAGAUACACCCUUCUGAAAGGGUAACUGUGUUAGUUUGCUGCAGCCAAAAUCUUUAAAAAACAAAAGUGUUGGCCCCUUUAAAGACUAGUAAAUUUAUUGUGAAGCAUACUUUGUUCGGUACAUCAGAGAGAGAGAGAGAGAGAGAGAGAAUGUGGGGCCAAAUGACGGUGAAAUGUAAGAUUAAGAUGUACAGUCUAUGCCAACUGAAUGUAAAACCUAAAUGUAUGCAUGAUAUGUGUGAAGAUCUAUUCACAACAGCAGUAACAAGUUAUAAUAUAAUCUUCCUAGUGUUGCUGUGCUAAUGUAACACCUGUUGUGGGAGAGGCAACCAUUGUCUUUAUUUAAACCUAAAUAAACAGAACAAACUUACAGUCUUCAGCAGUUUUGUGCUUGAGUCUCCCUUUGAAGUUCUUCUGAAGAACAGUUGUGAUUUUCAGUUCAGCAAUAGAUAAGAAAACAGGAGAGAAGGUGGCUAUCAAAAAGCUCUGUCGCCCGUUCCAAUCCGAGAUCUUUGCCAAGCGAGCAUAUCGAGAACUCACACUGUUAAAGCACAUGCAACAUGAGAACGUCAUUGGACUGCUUGAUGUCUUCACCUCAGCGACCACCUUUGAUGGAUUCCAAGACUUCUACCUGGUGAUGCCAUACAUGCAAACAGAUUUACAAAAGAUAAUGGGACAUCAGUUCAGUGAGGAAAAGGUCAAGUACCUAAUCUACCAAGUGCUGAAAGGGUUGAAGUAUAUUCAUUCUGCUGGAAUCAUUCACAGGGAUCUGAAGCCUGGCAAUCUGGCAGUGAAUGAAGAUUGUGAACUCAAGAUCUUGGACUUUGGAUUGGCGAGGCAUGCAGAUUCUGAGAUGACAGGCUAUGUGGUGACUCGCUGGUACAGAGCACCGGAAGUGAUUCUGAACUGGAUGCAUUACAACCAGACUGUGGACAUCUGGUCUGUGGGCUGUAUCAUGGCAGAAAUGCUGACUGGCAAAACGUUGUUUAAGGGUAAAGACUAUCUAGAUCAGUUGACUCAGAUCCUGAAAGUGACAGGAAGCCCUGCAGAGGAAUUUGUACAAAAGCUGGAGGACAAAGCGGCAAAAAGCUACAUACAGACCCUCCCCAAGAUUCCCAAAAUGGAUUUAUCUCUACUUUUCCCCAAAGCCAGUCCAUUGGCUGUGGAUUUGCUUGACAAGAUGUUGCAGCUGGACGUAGAGAAGCGGCCCACAGCCACCCAAGCUCUGGCCCACACAUUCUUCGACCAGUUCAGAGACAUUGAGGAAGAAACAGAGGCUCAGCACUCCUAUGAUGAUUCUAUAGAGGGUGAAAAGUUUUCCAUAAAUGAGUGGAAAAGGCAUAUUUACAAUGAAAUACUGUCAUUCAGCCCAAUCGCAAGGAAAGACUCCAAGAGGAGAAGUGGUUUAACGUUAUAAGCUCUUGCAUGUCCAAAGCUGGGACAUCCUUCCCAUAACAGAAUGUACAUCAGUAUGUUGACCCUCCCAUCACCCCCAAACCAGGAAGAUAUUCAUCAGCAUGAAAAAGUCUGUGUAUGAUGAACACUUGGACACUAAGUGUGUUCAACCUUUGUUUGAAGAUCAGAGCUGUACCAGGAGCAUCUUUCAGUGCCAGAAAUUUUCUCAUUAAAGUCCUUUGUCAUAGGA